CUCAAACACUGCAUGGUGCUGAAGUGGCUAGUGCAUAAGGAUGGAACUCAAACACUGCAUGGUGCUGAAGUGGCUAGUGCAUAAGGAUGGAACUCAAACACUGUAGCCUGUAAAGCAGCUAGUGCAUAAGGAUGGAACUCAAACACUGUAGCCUGUAGAGCAGCUAGUGCAUAAGGAUGUAACUCAAACACUGCAUGGUGCUGAAGUGGCUAGUGCAUAAGGAUGGAACUCAAACACUGUAGACUAGAGCAGCUAGUGCAUAAUGAUGAAACUCAAACACUGUAGACUUAGGGAAACUCUCUUGCCCGUUAUGCAUUAGAGCUAUAAAAGGCCCAAAAUAGGUUUUACAAAAUAAACCCAUGACAGAUUUUCUAGUCGUAAAGAAAAUCACACAAUCACUUCAGUUCAAAACAACAGACCUAACUCAAUCUUUCUUCUCUGCUCAGUAAAAGGAGAUUGAUUCAUGGAGCAGAAAAUAAUGGAUUCUGAAUACCUCUCAUUCACUAGGUGGUAACUGGCAUUAUUGCGUUGGGUUAAUGCAUUAUGUUAAUAUGGUUAACGUUAGUGAUGUAGGGCUUCAAACAGCUGAACGAUGGGCGUAAUCCUGAGGGAAGCGGGUGGUUGUCAAAAAGAACCUUCACCAAGAGCCCUCCUGGUGAAAGAGAGGGGGGGGGGGGGCUUCGUAAAAAUGUAAAAAUCUUCCAUGCCUGUUCACCAAAGCAAAUCAAGGUCUGAACAUUUCACUCUGAACAGAAAAUGCCGUGGUGUUGAAAACCAGCAGGUAACCUCCCGAAUAAGCGAUACCUAAAUAGAACACCUCCGAGAGUUUGCGUUUAUCAUCCUGACCUAGAUAUGCCGAGUGAAUGAUCAGUGUUUGUUGACAUCUCCAUUCGAAUCUACCGUCGCCUGACAACGCCCCACCCUUCCCCAUCCCCCAGCAUCAGCACCGCGUCAGCCUCUGCUCCUCCUAACCUGUCCCGCUCGGAGUCCGACCGACGCGCGCGCUCAGGGAAACUGAUGUCAAGUCGUGGAAGACGACGCGGGAUGUGCAAAAACCCUGAUCGGAUCCGCGAGGCAGGGAACGGACAAUGGAUGGCUGAUGCGUGAUGCAAUACCUGGAUAUUCCACAGCCCCCGCCCGCACCUCCGUUUCCACGCGCCCCGGUACCGAGCAAGGCUGCUUUGGCCAGAGGACGAAGAGAGGAGACCGGAUCACACUUCUCGUAACCUCAAACUGAUUAGCCUUUACUUUCUGACUUCACUACAUCCUUAGCGGAAGGCGUAUUUCUAACAGAAACGUGCGCUGAUUCCUUUGUUUUCGUGAACGCAGCGCACGGAUGGGGAUCGUGCAUUUGUCCUCAGAUGACCAAGUCGGUGUAUCGCGUUAGAGUAGACGCGGGAGUAGGCCAAUCUGUUGCAAAUUAACUCGUCUGUGGGAAGCGACGCAUCCGUGACGCUACACCCCUCGGCAUUUGAUGUCCGCACGCCUAAAGGGUCGCUGACGAUUUUUGCCUGUCUCUUCUGCCUGUGCAGUGUCAUCGCUGCCUGCAUCUGAGCCGGACUGGUAGGUGCCACCGAUGACCUGGUGCUGGGAGGUGUGUGAUGCAUUGACACGACUGGGCCCGACACGACAACUGCAAAGCAAUCUCUGUCCGGUUGAUGGAGAACUAGAUUAACCCAAUCAAAUAUCAUUGUGUUCACCUUCUCUUAAUCGUUUUAUCGUGCACCGGUGCUCAUCAUGAAUUACCUGCGUCGCCGACUAUCUGACAGCAAUUUUAUGUCCAACCUGCCAAAUGGCUACUUAUCGGACCUCCAGCGUCCCGACCCACCGCAGCAGCCCCCGCCGCAGACCAGCCCCGCGGUGUCGCCCGGACCGCAGGAGAGGCGGCCGCCCGCAAGCCAGUCCUCCGGAGCCGGCUUUUUCUCAUCGAUCUCCAACGCGGUGAAACAGACCACCGCCGCGGUGGCCACCCUGACCGAAGCCGCUGAGAGAGCCGGUGGCAGCCAUGCAAAGAUCCUGCUGGUUAUUGACGACCAGCAGACCGACUGGGUGAAGGUGUUCAGAGGCAAGAAGGUCCAUGGGGAGUUUGACCUCAAGGUGGAGCAGGCUGAGUUCACGGAGAUCAGUCUUGUGGCCCACGCCACCGGCAGUUACAGCGUGGACAUCGAGGCCAUCCGCAACGGCAACAAAAUUAACAAGAGUUUCAAGCCGGACUUCGUGCUGAUCCGGAAGCAUGCUUUCAGCAUGGCGAAGAACGGCGACCACCGGAACAUCGUCAUCGGUCUGCAGUACGCCGGCAUCCCGAGCGUCAACUCACUCCACUCCGUCUACAACUUCUGUGACAAACCCUGGGUGUUUGCCCAGAUGACCAGAUUGUACAAGCAGCUGGGUCCUGAGGAGUUCCCACUGAUCGAGCAGGUUUACUACCCCAACCACAAGGAGAUGAUCACCACGCCCCGAUUUCCUGUGGUGGUGAAGAUGGGUCACGCCCACUCUGGCAUGGGAAAGGUGAAAGUGGACAAUCAGUAUGACUUCCAGGACAUCGCCAGUGUGGUGGCCCUGACCAAGACGUACGCCACCUCUGAGCCUUUUAUCGACGCCAAGUACGACGUGCGAAUUCAGAAGAUUGGAAGCAAUUAUAAGGCCUACAUGCGGACGUCCGUGUCGGGGAACUGGAAGACCAACACGGGCUCAUCCAUGCUGGAGCAGGUGGCCAUGUCUGACAGGUACCGCAUGUGGGUGGACCACUGUUCAGAGGUCUUCGGCGGUCUGGACAUCUGCUCUGUGGAGGCCCUGCACGGCAAAGAUGGCAAGGACUACAUCAUUGAGGUGGAGGGCUGCUCCCUGCCUCUGAUUGGGGAUCAGCAGGAGGAGGACCGGACUCUCAUCGCUGAGGUGGUCAUCGCCAGGAUGAACCAGACCGUCCCACGCUCCGCCAACCUCUCACCAGUGCGCUCACAGCCCCCUGUGCAAAAGGCAGUGUCACCACAGUCUACUUCACCGCAAGGUCAACAGCGCCCUCCACCACAAGGUACCCCCCCGCCUAGCUCUGGUGCCGCCCCCGGCGCCUCUCGGUCCGGCCCUCUCCCCCAACAGCGCCCCUCCCCUCAGGGCCAGCCCCUCCCGAGCCAGACCGCUCCCAGCCCUGGUGCCCCGGCGACCCAGACUCCGCCUCAACAGCCCCGUCCAGCAGGGGGCACUACUCCGAGGCCUGCGGGCCAGGGCCCCCCCCAGCAGCAGCAGCAGCGUCCUCCGCCGUCCCAGGGCGCAGCCGGCCGAGGCCAGGGGGGGUCGCCACAGGCCCAGAGGCAGCAGCAGCCGGGCGGACCCCAACAGCAGCAGCAGCAGCGUCCAGCAGGUGGCGCCCCGGGGCCCAAAGCCGCAGGUGGGCCAGCGCAGCAGAGGCAGGGCCAGCCGGCCAGGCAGCCCACCCAGGGGGGGCCGCAGGGGAGAGGACCCCCCCAGGCCCAGGGAGGCCCCCGACCCCCCACCACCCAGCAGCCGCGUCCGGUUGCACCAGGGCAGGGGGGCCCAGGGGCCGGGAGGCCCCCCCUCCAGCAGAAACCCACCCCCCCUCAGAAGCCCAGCCCUGACCACCCCGCACUGAACAAGUCGCAGUCUCUGACCAAUACCUUCAACAUUCCAGACACGGCAGCUCCGGCGGGGGCGGUGGGCCCGCGCCCAAGCCUCAGUCAGGAUGAGGUGAAGGCCGAGAGCAUCCGCAACCUCCGCAAGUCCUUCGCCAGCCUCUUCUCCGUGGAAUAAGCCCCUCCCCUCACAUCGCACUGCACAGACUGUGAGACUGACCGACAGACAGACGGACCAAUAAGCAGACAGAUUGACCGACUGACUGGCUGACUGACUGACUGACUGACCACUUCUAAGCCAGUAGGAUAGACAGACCAAUAGAAAGCCACCUGGCCACCAUGAGUGUUUUGUGUAAUUUGAAUCUCGUUGUUUUCCGCCGUUCGUUAAGAUAUACAAAUUCACUGCCGAUUAGAUUCCGAGGCCGAGGCACAGAGACGGGUGCCACUGGGCCCAACGGAAACAUUCCUGGUCCUCUUGGAUCUGUGUUACAAUGGAUUUGAAAAUCACCUAAAAACACAAUGUCACACAAACACAGACACAUAUACACCCAGACACACACACACACACACACACAUAUACACACCCAGACACACACACACACACACACACACACACACAUAUACACCCACCCACACACACACACACACACAUAUACACCCACACACACGCACAUUUACACACUAUUUUGAUUAGAUGUCAGAAUGUGCACUGUGGAGUUUAGUGAUGAGUCGUAGUGGCUUGACUCUGGGGUCUAUAGAUGAAAAAUAAUUUCAAUAAUUCUCUUUGUGAAACCUUUCAUCAGGUGAUUUACUUUCUGCAAAUGAUUAGGCCAUUUUAAUUUCUUGAUGCUUUUUGGAUCAAAUCUUCUGAUUCAACCUCUAAUCUGUGGACGUAUCUGAUGAAUGGUGGCCAGCCCUUUUGGGAAACACUGAGAGCAAUUAUGGCGUCUUUAGUGAGGAAGCUCCACUGGAAAGAUCUCCGCUCGCAAACGUUUGUCCAAUCAAAAGCUUUAACGAUAGAAUGUUGUGGUUUGUAAGUGCAGUCCACUGAGGUGUUGUGGCCUCUACAAACACCAACACCAAACACACGCCUGCGAUGACCCAACGGGCACGAAAGAGUGCUGCUUCGUGAACCUGCUUCCCCUUCUAUGUGCCGUUAGUUAGCUGUCGUCUUUCCUUCGCCAUUUUAGUGAUGUCACUUGACCCGCAUGGACCUCUGGGAGCCCAAGGUCGUGUCCUUAUGCCCUCCUGCGCCAGCUGCUCACCGUUGUGCUUGUAAUUGUGAUGUCAUGGCUAGAUGAUCCUCGUACUAGUAGCCGUCGGUAUAUUUGCUUUUUCUUUCCAGUAAGAUUGUUGUUGCUGCUCUCCUCUCCUAUCUCCUCGACCAGUAAUCACGACCCAGAAACACACUUCUGUAACGCCCCAAAACCACAGAAAACAUGCCUUACAGCAAACCCAGAUGUAAGCGAGACUUCACCAUGUUCAGAUUUGCCUCAGGGAUGUCCGAGAGAUUGUGACACAAGGCAGGCGUUGUCUUUGAUCAGGUCUUCCAAAUCAGAUAAACAAAUAAUCAACGAGUCGACUGAUCUACAACACAAGCGAAAAAGCUCAAACGCAUGCUUUUGUUUCAGAGUUAGAAUGUACUUGUUGAUUUCUUCAAUAACAAUAAUUGCUUGAAAACAUGAACGUUACACGUUUUGCACAUGAAAUGUAACACUGAUAUACUUGAGUAAACAAUAUGAGAGGGGUCUACUGUAGGUUUAUGGGAUAGUAAUGUGUGUGUAUGUGUGUGUGUGUUGUCGCUUCGCUAUGGCCUCCACACACUACUGAGGCCUCAACACAA